CGUCGAGCGACUGGACUGUCGCGCUUAGUUUUGUUGUUGUGCUGUCGGCUUCCGGCUCGUACAGCGAGGAGAUAGCUCCACAUCAAAUGUUCCUCUAAACUCCUUUUAUGCUAUAGGCACUUACAUGUAGUUAAUGCCAAGGUGUUUCUAAAAACCGGAAACAGAGGCACUGACGGGCAGCGAUGUCGCUGUAUGAUGACCUCGGCGUGGGCGCCAGUGACACCAAGACCGAAGGCUGGUCCAAGAACUUCAAGCUGCUGCAGUCCCAGCUGAAGGUGAAGAAGGCGGCUCUGACUCAGGCCAAGACCCAGCGGAUGAAGCAGACCACGGUCUUGGCUCCGGUUAUUGAUCUAAAGAGAGGAGGCUCCAGUGAUGACAGACAGAUCACAGACACUCCUCCACAUGCUGCCGCUGGACUUAAGGAAGCCGUGCCGAGUGGUUUCUCUUCUGGUGACGCGCUGAUCCCGUUGGCGGACGAGUACGAUCCGAUGUUCCCCAACGACUACGAGAAAGUGGUGAAGCGACACCGAGAAGAACGACAGCGCCAGAGGGAGCAGGAGCGGCAGAAGGAGAUCGAGGAGAGAGAAAAGAAGAGGAAAGACAGGCCAGAAGGCGGAGCUCCAAGUGGUUUCUCUCGUUUCCCUGCAGCAGAGGGCGAGUCGGAUGAGGAGGACGACUUCGACACAGAGCGGAGGAAACGGAUGAUGGGUGGAGCAGCUAUCGCCCCUCCUUCUUCACUCGUGGACAAGGAUGGCUCAUCGUACACCUACGAGGAUGAAGGCCGUCCUGCCAGAGGCUCAAAGGCCGCCAUCCCUCCACCUAUGUACGAGGACUCAGAGCGGCCACGUUCACCGCCCGUACCAACCAGCUCCUUCCUGGCCAACAUGGGAGGUACGGUGGCCCAUAAGAUCAUGCAGAAGUACGGCUUCAAAGAAGGCCAGGGCCUGGGGAAGCACGAGCAGGGCCUCAGCACGGCGCUGUCUGUGGAGAAGACCAGCAAGAGAGGUGGAAAGAUCAUCAUAGGCGACGCCGCAGAGAAACCAGGGUCCAGCCAGACAGUUGCUGCUGAGACUUCAGUCGGAGGCUUUGCAGCGGACUCUUCCAAGAAGUCAGAAGCCAACCCGCUCACAGAGAUCCUCAAAAACCCGACCAAAGUGGUCCUGCUGAGGAACAUGGUGGGCCGCGGAGAAGUGGACGAGGACUUGGAGGGGGAGACGAAAGAGGAGUGCGAGAAAUACGGCAAAGUGGUUAAAUGUGUCAUAUUUGAGAUUGCAGUCGUGCCAGAUGAGGAAGCUGUCAGGAUAUUCCUUGAGUUUGAGAGGGUGGAGUCAGCCAUCAAAGGUCAGUAUCUUUCUUGUCGUCUCAUGCGCGCACUCCCGCGUGAGCCCUCUGCUGAUAGGUCCACUUGUUCUUUAUCAUCAUGCACAUUUCCGUUGGGAUUCUGCUUUCAGCGGGUCAUCUCCACACAUCGGCCGGCUGUUUUUUUUGGGGGGGGUUUGGGCGAUCAACUUUUAUGUAACUGCAUCCGUUUCUUCCUACCGUUUUAUAGCUGCUCUAAUAAUGCGGAGUGAAAGUGUGCCCCGUUCUAAAUGGGUCGGCCCAGAUCAGGAACAAGGUGAGACUCCCUGCGGUGUUACAUCACACGUGGCCCAGCAGCCCCGGUGUCUCCCCUGCGGCACCGGCAAAAGCACGCUUACAUCACAGCUCUCAGGAAAGCGGGACAGACACUCAGAGGGCCUCAGUCAUAACGCGUCAUUUUCAAGUGUCACACUGCCUCUAUUUCUACGGAGGAGGAUGAAACAUUGCAUUGCUCCCAAGAGGGAAAGUCUCUCGCUGUUCCUCGAUAGGGAGGUCAGAGGUCAUGGUCUCACAGUAACGGGAAGGAGAUGACCACUGUGUUGUCUUGCUCAAGGAACCCUGUCCCACCUGAUUUCCUUCUGCAACUGCGUGGCAUCAGGGCUACAUCCCCAUAUAGCUAUAGCCAAAAAGCCAGUUAGCUUAGCUUAGCACAAAGACAGGGAACAGGGUGGUAGUUUGGUGUAUUUCUCCUCUUCCUGCUGACAGUACGGCAGCAAAUUUUCAGCUUUCUAAAUAACCCUGCGAUUCAACCAUGGGCCAUUGUUCAACAAGUGAGAGCUUGAAUAUAAGAGUCAGAUGUUCAAGUCCCCUUCAGGAGCUGGUCAAAGGCAUUCUGGGACACUUCUGCAUACUAUUAUACCAUGUAUAACCCCGUCAAAGCAGGUUUUAUUUUAUCUAGCAGCACUAAUCCUGAUGUGGAAAGGUUUAUCUGUGUACUUGGGUACAGUCUGAUCUUAACUCUCUCUCUCCCUCCCUCCCUCUGCCCU